AUGAACAACAACAACUUGGCGAAACAAAAGCAGCAACAACAACACGACACCACACCAAUACCUCCUCAGCCACAACGUCAACAGAUCAUUGGCUUUCAUGUUGAGACCAUGUUGUUGAAAAAUUCAAAUCCACAAUCCGAUACAAGUGAUCAUGGUCGGAAUGUGAAUACUAGUUUGGGCGAAGAGAAGAAAAUAAUGAACGGAAUUUUGGAAACGAGGAUCACGAAUUUAGAAAAAAGAUAUUCUUCAUCCUCUUCUUCUGAAAGCGAAUUCUUUUUUAGACAUCAUGAUGGAAUUUUGACUUGUGACAGCGAUACCACUGACACGAGCGAACACUUGGACCUUGAUGAUGAUGAAUUUACUCAUUCUUCAUCCAUUCAAAUGGUUUGGGAUCAAACUCCAAUUAAGCAGGUGGAUUCUUCAUUCUCUGAUAGAAAUAGUAUUCAUAUUCAUUUUAACAUGUUCUCCAUCGAUCAUUUUCAUCAACAUGCACGAAAUUUCAAUAACGAGAACAUUGUCUCUGAAUUGAUGGAUAAUUGUACACCACGAAAACCAGGACAAGAUGUUAAAAAAAUUACCAUUCAUGUGGAAAGUGAUGAGAGUAGUAUGAGUGAAAACGACCAAAUUGGUAAUGAUGAUGACACUUUUUGUAGUAAUGAUGAAAAUGAAGACCAUCAUGAUGAUGAUGAGAAGGAUCAUUCGAUUCAAUGUACCAAUUCGUCAUCAUCUCCUUUGAAUCAUUUAAAUUCUACAUUGAAGAAACAAUUGAAAUUGAAGCUUAAUACAUUGUCAAUUCCACAACAACAAACAAGUGUUGAAGCUAACCACACACAAAAUUCCACCUCUCUCUAUGAGAAUAAUAUUCCUACGAACUUUAAUAUUGAAAAUUAUCAAAAUCUCUCAACUCCCAAUGUGACACAAAAUUCUGCCAAAACAUCUGCCACGACGCUCACAACAAGUUCCAACACCAUUCUUACAACUUCAGUUACUUCAACCAGUGAAAUUUCAACAUUUGAAAACGAACGAAGAUUUACCUUUGAUGCCAAUGAUAUUAUUAAGGCAGUUUUUGAAGGAAAGUAUGAUGAACAUGUUCAAAAACUAUUACAACAAGAUGCCUCGAAAUAUCUUACACAAUUAGUGAAAAAGAAAACAACUGCAAAGGAUGAGAUUUUAACAUAUUUAGAGAGCUCUUCACAAUUACCAAAAACGCAAUGGACUGCUGCCUCAUUUACUUCACUACACGUGAAUGAUGAACAACAACAAUGUAUUGAAAUUUCCACAGAAUCGAGUCCUAACGCCACCAUCGAUCAUGGCAUGAAGGUCAACCAUAAUGAGCAAGUUUUUCAAAAUCACGAUGAUUCUCCUCUCAACAAGUUGAAUAAUGUCAUUACAGAAAAGAAGAAACUUCUCACACGUGCAAAUUCAACCAUAAUUCCACAACAUCAUUCGAGUGAAAAUGAUCGACCUCUUAACACGGAUGUGAGACAUCGACGAAAAAUCACAAAUAUUGGAUCUGGAAUGAUUCCAACAAAUUUCAAUGACAUUGUGUCAUGGAGCCCAAUUUCACCAAAAACUCCAAAAAGUGCUCGAUCGAACUUUGAAACAAUGAACCAAAUUUCAUCCAACUCACACAAUCGAUCAACAUUGAACCUUCAUGACUAUUAUUCAAAUUCGAGUGAUUCAUUACUAUCAAGAUCUAAUCCUGGCCAAAAUCGACGACACGGUUCCUCUAACUCGGAUGAUAUAUAUCGAGUGACCAUUUUGGGAGAUUUAGGAGUUGGGAAAACAAGUAUUAUUCAUCGAUUUAUUAAGGGAACUUUUUCAAACGAGUACAACUCGACACAAUUCGAAGAUAUUUAUCACAAACCUUUGAUGUUUUUACAAUAUCAAGAAUUGAAACUUUUGGAAAUUUUAGACACUUCGGCACUUCACAUUCGUCACUACAAGAACAAAUCGAAUCAACACUCCAUGCCAGUGAUGAAUUCUGGAGAUUGUUAUGUGAAUCAUCAUUCGCUUAAUGUACCUACUAGUAGUAGUAGUACGAAGAACAAGUUGUCACCACGACAACCACCAUGUACUGCAACAGCCAUGAACAUGCUUUCAUCAAAUUCUGAAAGUGUGACCUUGACUGCCAAUAAGGAUUGUCAUGACAACUCUCCUGGAACAUUGUCAAUGGCGGAACCAAGACCUCCACGUAUUGAAAUUCCAUCAAGCUUUUUGAGCGGUUACAUUGUCAAAUGUGAUGCAUAUGUGUUGGUGUUUAGUAUGGACGAUGUGAAUAGUUACAAAUAUUGCAAAGAUAUUUACAAAUCGAUUGUUGGAGAGAAGAUGCUCUCAAGAUCUAAAUCGAGUUCACAUGUUGCAACACCAAAUUCUGAAAGUAACGUUGCAACACCAAGGACAGUGGCUAGAAGUGACAUUCCACUCGUAUUGGUUGGUAAUAAGGGAGAUGUAAGCAACGAGGAGCGAGUAAUUGACCCACAAAUGAUUUGGGAAGACGUCCAUACAUAUCUCUCGUUUGGUUCGAAUUGUUCUUUCAUUGAAACGAGUGCCAAAACAGGGCCUGUCGAUGCCAUCUUUGAAGCGCUUGUCAAUAGAAUAUGUAUGAGAGAAGCACCAGCCUCUUCAUCGAAAAUACAAUCCUCUCCAAGAGAUCCCCUUAAAUCGCGAAAUAAAAAGUGUGUCAUCCUGUAG